UGCACGCGGCGCGCAGUGUGCGCGUCACUUCCGCCCACGCAGCGCGGCCGCGCACGUUCAAGCCGGCUGCGUCCACGCCCGUAAGGAUCUCUGUGCUGGAGGCCCGGUGCGGGCGCAGAGCCUCGAGCCCGCCAUGUCGUACAUGCUCCCGCACCUGCACAACGGCUGGCAGGUGGACCAGGCUAUCCUGUCGGAGGAAGACCGCGUGGUGGUCAUUCGGUUCGGACACGACUGGGACCCCACGUGCAUGAAGAUGGACGAGGUUCUGUACAGCAUAGCGGAAAAGGUUAAAAAUUUUGCAGUUAUUUAUCUUGUGGACAUUACAGAGGUGCCUGACUUCAACAAGAUGUAUGAGUUGUACGACCCAUGCACUGUCAUGUUUUUCUUCAGGAACAAGCACAUCAUGAUUGACCUGGGUACUGGCAACAACAAUAAGAUCAACUGGGCCAUGGAGGACAAGCAGGAGAUGAUCGACAUAAUCGAGACUGUGUAUCGGGGCGCCCGGAAGGGCCGUGGCCUGGUCGUGUCCCCCAAGGACUACUCCACCAAGUACAGAUACUGAGCCCUCCUCCAGCUGCAGGUCCUCUGUGUAUGGAAAUAGGAUGAGCUAUUUCAAGCCUUAAAGAAAGCUCCGGGCAGAGCCCACAACAUGCAGGCAGCUGGCAGGUCUGUGCAGUAAGGACCGCCUGGCCUCUGUACUUUUAUAUAUACAAACAUCUGUAAAUACCCAACUGAUAAAUAAAGUACAUAGUGAUGGGAA